CGCCAGCAAUAACCCAGGUCAUCCUUGCCUUGCCGUUGUCGUCGCUUCUCGAGGUCGACGAGAAUCAUAUCAGGUAUGUUCCUGUCCUGUUGAUCUUCUGCAAAGCAACAGCUCUCCAAUGCGCUUUUGGAAUUUGAGGCGAGUUCGUUGACUGACCUUAUCUGGCCUCUAGAGAAAUCGUCACGCGUGAUCAUCCGCGCAUUCGUUCAACCUCCCGUCUCGUGCAGAUUCACACCUACGCCGUCCUUUCGCCUGUAGUGAGCAACCGUCAAAAUGGCCGAAAACAUGUCGCCAAUUGGUAUUGCCAACCUUCCCAACCAGCGUCACAAGAUCGUUGCCAAGCGAGGUGCCGCCUUCACCAUCAUGGUUGCUGGCGAGUCGGGUCUCGGCAAAACAACUUUCAUCAACACCCUGUUUAGCACCACCAUCAAGAACUACGCCGACCAUCGCCGACGUUUCGCCAAGCAGAUCGACAAGACCGUCGAGAUUGAGAUCACUAAGGCUGAGUUGGAGGAGAAGUUCUUCAAGGUCCGCUUGACUGUCAUCGACACACCCGGCUUUGGAGACUACGUAAACAACCGCGACAGCUGGCAACCCAUCAUCGAAUUCUUGGACGACCAGCAUGAGAGCUACAUGCUUCAGGAGCAGCAGCCCCGGAGAACAGAGAAGAUUGAUCUCCGAGUGCACGCCUGCCUUUACUUCAUUCGCCCGACUGGACACACGCUCAAGCCACUCGACAUCGAGGUCAUGAAGCGUCUGUGCACUCGCGUCAACCUCAUCCCCGUCGUGGCCAAGGCCGACACUCUGUCACCCGCCGACCUCGCUAAAUUCAAGUCUCGAAUUCGCAAUGUCAUCGAAGCUCAAGGCAUCAAGAUCUACACACCUCCGCUCGAGGAGGACGACGAAGCCGGUCUGCAGCACGCUCGCAGCCUUAUCGCCGCCAUGCCAUUCUCCGUCAUCGGCUCCGAGCGGGAUGUCACCACACCCGAUGAGCGGACAGUCAAGGGUCGCCAGUACGCCUGGGGUGUCGCUGAGGUUGAGAACGAAGAGCACUGCGACUUCAAGAAACUCCGCGCUAUCCUCAUUCGCACACACAUGCUUGAUCUGAUUCACACCACUGAGGAGAACCACUAUGAGGCCUACCGCGCGCAACAGAUGGAGACCCGUAAAUUCGGCGAGGCACGGCCACGAAAGUUGGACAACCCUAAGUUCAAGGAGGAGGAAGAGCAACUCCGGAAGCGAUUCACUGAGCAAGUCAAGAUUGAGGAGCAGCGCUUCCGACAAUGGGAACAGAAGCUGAUCUCCGAGCGUGACCGUCUCAACAAGGAUCUUGAGCAGAGCCAUGCUAUCAUCAAGCAGCUCGAGGUUGAGGUUGAGGGUCUGCAGGGCAGCAUGUCGCGCACCGGCCGUCGCUAGAUGUACAUCCUUCUGGUUUUAAUGUCGAUACGGGCAGCAUUUGUCGUUGCAACAUAGUCACUUCAGACGCGUGUUAGCGACAGAACUUGAAACUACCACUCAGAGAGGAAUAUGCCGGGUCGGAGCACUUUGAACGCUUGCAAAAGAUACCUUGAACUUGUUGUGCUUAAUAUUUAUUUUCCUUUGUUUGCAGCUUGCGGGUCUUCCUGGUCUCGGGAUUGGAGAGCGUGGAGCAAAGUGCGGG